AAAACUUUAGCUUGUUUGAUCUGCGAUUUUGUCAAUGGCGUCCAACGCAUAUUUGGAUCGUUUUUAAGCCGUCAAUCUUGCCGUAAUUUAUGCUUAGUCUGUUGAUCUCUUGGAGAUUUGGCCAAACUUUACAUUAACAGGAAUGUAUACUGGCUUUUAAAUAUUAUAAAUGGACAACUCAGGUAUGAAUUAGGAGGUUUAUACCUCUCUUUUCGGCUUUUACUUUUGUCACCGAAAACUCCACUGACUGUCUCCGGUAACAAAGCCCUUCGCAGAGUCCGCGUCCAUUCACUGAUUGAGUCGGGAGACUUCCGCAGCUUCGUUGGGGGAUAAAGCGGACGCUUGGAGCUGGAGCUUGGGCCUGCGCUUGAGCUUGCACUUUUGAUCCUGACCAACUGGUUUGAACUAUUUUAGGGGAAAAGCAGUUUUUCUCUGUACAAGGAUGGCGGAUGAAGGUGGAUCUCUUGACCUGAAAUGGGUGACCUUGUUUGAUAAGGAGAAGGAGAAGGCGAAAGCUGCUAAGAAAGAAGCUGCAAAGAAAAGGCCCUUAAAUGAUGACAUCGCGGAUCUUCCAGAGAUGGGUGGUGGAGAUGGGAAGCCAGGUGGGAAGAAGAAGCUGUCCGUGGAACGCAUCUAUCAGAAGAAGAGUCAGUUGGAACAUAUCCUAAUCCGUCCAGAUACCUAUAUUGGGUCUACAGAACCAUUUACAGAAACAAUGUGGGUAGUCGAUGAUGGUGUUAUGGUGAACAGAGAAGUGACCUAUGUACCAGGCCUCUAUAAGAUCUUUGAUGAAAUUCUAGUGAACGCAGCUGAUAACAAGCAGAGAGAUCCGACCAUGAACUGUAUCAAAAUCACAUUGGAUAAAGAGCAGAAUCUGAUCAGUAUCUGGAACAAUGGGAAAGGUAUCCCAGUGGUUGAACACAAGGGAGAGAAGAUGUUUGUACCAGAAAUGAUCUUUGGUCAUCUCCUCACCUCCAGUAACUACAAUGACGAUGAGAAGAAAGUCACAGGCGGUCGAAAUGGAUAUGGAGCUAAACUGUGCAAUAUCUUCAGCACAAAGUUCACUGUGGUGACAGCUUGUAAAGAAUACAAGAAGAAGUUCAAACAGUCAUGGCAUAACAACAUGUCCAAGACGACCUCUCCCAAGAUCACUCCGUUUGAAGGAACUGACUUCACAGAGGUGACCUUUAACCCUGACCUGUCAAAGUUCAAGAUGACUGAACUUGAUGCUGAUACCAUGGCCCUACUGACCCGCAGGGCGUAUGAUCUCGCAGGAGGCUCCAAAGGUGUCAAGGUCUUCUUGAAUGGAAAGCGUCUUCCUGUGAAUGGCUUCAAAUCCUAUGUAGACCUCUACAUCAAGGAUAAAGUAGAUGAGACUGGAAAUCGAUUAAAGCUCGUUCACGAGCAGGUCAAUCCUCGCUGGGAGGUGUGCGUCUGUCUGAGUGAGAAAGGCUUUCAACAAGUCAGCUUUGUCAACAGCAUUGCCACAACCAAGGGUGGACGUCAUGUAGACUACGUAUCAGAUCAGAUAGUGAAUCAAAUCAUCCAGACAGUGAAGAAGAAGAACAAAGCAGGAAUCAACAUCAAACCUUUCCAGGUCCGUAGUCAUAUCUGGGUGUUUGUUAACUGCGCGAUAGAGAAUCCGACCUUUGACUCACAGACCAAGGAGAACAUGACCCUCCAGAUCAAGAAGUUUGGCUCCACCUGUAAGCUCAGCGAGAAGUUUGUCAAAGCGGCUGCCAACUGUGGGAUCGUGGAGAAUAUCCUGUCAUGGAUGAAGUUCAAGGCUCAGAGUCAACUGGACAAGAAGUGCCACACCUCCAAGCACUCCAAGAUCAAGGGUGUCCCCAAGCUAGACGAUGCCAACAGUGCAGGGGGCAAGAACUCUUCUGUCUGCACUCUCAUCUUGACCGAGGGAGACUCCGCCAAGUCCCUGGCGGUCAGCGGGCUGGGUGUGGUCGGCAGAGACCACUAUGGGGUGUUCCCACUCAGGGGAAAGCUGUUAAAUGUCAGGGAGGCCUCUCACAAGCAGAUCAUGGAGAAUGCCGAGAUCAACAACAUCAUCAAGAUCCUUGGUCUCCAAUACAAGAACAAGUAUGAUUCUCCUGAAUCCCUCAAGUCACUGCGCUACGGAAGACUGAUGAUCAUGACUGAUCAGGAUCAAGAUGGAUCUCACAUCAAGGGUCUCCUUAUUAACUUCAUCCAUAGCAACUGGCCUCAUCUCCUACAGAGAAACUUCCUGGAAGAAUUCAUCACUCCCAUCGUCAAGGCGAGCAAGGCUAAUGAGACGACACUGCCCUUCUACUCCCUGCCUGAGUUUGAGAAAUGGAAAGACGCAACUGACAAUUGGAAAACCUGGAAAGUCAAAUACUACAAAGGUUUGGGUACCAGCACAAUGAAGGAAGCAAAGGAAUACUUCACUGAUAUGGAGCGUCAUCGGAUCCCAUUCGAGUACACUGGACCAGAUGAUGAUGCUGCAAUCGUUCUUGCUUUCAGUAAGAAGAAGGUGGAGGAUCGUAAGGUGUGGCUGAGUGAAUGGCUGGAGGAAAGGAGGAGCAGAAAAGAAACCGGACUUGGGGAGCGCUACCUUUACCAGAAGGAUACCAAGAAAGUCAGUUACAAUGAAUUCAUCAACAAAGAGCUGGUUCUCUUCUCGAAUGCUGACAAUGAGAGAUCCAUCCCAUCCAUGGUUGAUGGUUUGAAGCCUGGUCAGCGUAAGGUGCUGUUCACAUGCUUCAAGAAGUAUGAGAAAAAAGAGAUCAAGGUGGCUCAGAUGGCUGGUGCUGUGUCUGAACUCUCGGCCUACCAUCACGGGGAGCAAUCUCUGAUGAGCACUAUCAUCAACCUGGCCCAGAACUUUGUUGGUAGCAACAACCUGAAUCUCCUGCAGCCCAUUGGUCAGUUUGGUACCAGGCUUCAUGGAGGCAAGGACGCUGCCAGUGCUCGUUACAUCUUUACUCAGCUCAGCCCCUUGGCAAGGCUUGUUUUCCCUCACCAUGACGACCCCCUCCUGUCCUACAUGUACGAUGACAACCAGCGUAUCGAGCCAGAGUUCUACGCCCCCAUCAUUCCCAUGGUACUCAUCAACGGCAGCGAGGGUAUCGGUACGGGAUGGAGCACCAGAAUAUGUAACUAUGAUAUCAGAGAGGUGGUGGCCAAUGUGAGACGACUCCUGGCUGGAGAGGAACCUGUUCCAAUGCUUCCAUCCUACAAGAACUUCAAAGGGACCAUCGAGGAGUUUGAGCCCAAUCGUUUCGCCGUCAACGGAGAGAUCUCGGUGGUGGACGACAACUCGGUAGAGAUCACAGAACUCCCCAUCAGGGUCUGGACUCAGAACUACAAGGAAUCAGUCCUAGAGAACAUGGUCUAUGGGACAGAUAAGGUCAAGCCAUCUAUCUCGGACUACAAGGAGUAUCAUACAGACACCACAGUGAAGUUUGUAGUGAAGAUGAACGAGGAUCGACUGCUACGAGGAGAAGAAGAAGGUCUUCAUAAGAUGUUCAAGCUACAGACAACAUUCUCUCAGGCUAACCUCAUGGUAUUGUAUGACCGUCAUGGCUGCAUCAGGCGCUAUGACAACGUAGAGGAGAUCCUGAGGGAAUUCUUCACUUUGCGUAUGGAGCUGUAUCACAAACGUAAGGCCUAUCUUGAAGGUAUCUUGGAGGCGGAGUCGAGCAAGCUCAACAACCAGGCUCGAUUCAUCAUGGAGAAGAUAGAUGGCAAGGUGGUGAUAGAGAACAAGUCUAAGAGUUCAAUGAUCAGUCAGCUGACCUCUCGAGGGUACGACUCUGACCCAGUGAAGGCCUGGAAGGAGGCGCAGCAGAAGUCUGUGGAGGAGGAGGAGGAUAGCUUUGAUGAUGCUGCAAGUGAUUCAUCCGAAGCUGGUUCAGGACCUGAUUAUAACUACCUUCUAGGAAUGUCCUUGUGGAGUCUCACCAAAGAGAAGAAGAAUGAUCUUCUCAAGCAGAGAGAUGAAAAGGCAGCAGAGCUGAGUCUCUUGAGAAGAAAGACUGCCAGUAUGCUGUGGACUGAUGAUCUGAAUGCUUUCAUGGCAGAGCUCGAUAGGGUGGAGGCUCAAGAGAGGGAAGAUGAAUCAUCAGGAUUGACCGGUGUCUCAUCCAAGAUGACCAAGGGUAAAGGAAGUAAGAUAACCAAACCACGCAAGCAGAAGCUCCUCACAAGAGAAGAGACCAAGCCCUCACCGUAUGGACGACGUGUAGCCCCACGUAUAGACAACCUCAUCAAGAAGGCAACUGGUGAUGGCAAGAGAGGACGGAAACCCAAAGACUUGGACAUAAAGAUGGAGGAAGGAUCUGAGCUCUCGGGACUCAUGGAGGAUGACAAGGAUUCAGUCGCACUCUCGGACAAACCAGCUGGAGCCAAGCCUAAAACAAAGACUGCACCCAAACCUAGAGUGCCUAAGGAACCAAAGGCCCCUAAAGAGCCCAAGGCCCCUAAAGUACCCAAGGCCCCUAAAGAACCCAAGGCACCCAGGAAACCCAGACAGCCCAAGGCCACUGGGGGCGAGAAGGGUAAGAAGGGGGCCAAGAAACCCAAACGUAACCCCUGGUCCGAUACAGAAUCAGAAGAUGAGCACCUCGAUGAUGUCACUAGUGGUGAUGCUGCCCUGGCUGCUCGACUGGCAGCACAGACGGACAGAGGCCCACGAAGGGCUGCUGCAUCGACCAAGAUGAAGUACACCUACAGCGAAGACGAAGAGAGCGAUGGGAGCGGUGAAUUCGUCAUCACCCCUGCUGCCCGCAAAGAGGAAGUCACCUACCAUGACGAGGACGAUCUCGAUGACGACCUCGCCAUUUCCCAACCCCAAGAGAUGUCCAAUGACCUCUCCGACGAUGACAUGGACAAUGGUAGCGACGCCUCCUUUGGAGCACCUCCGCCCAAAGCCAAGAAGAAACCUGCUCCAAAGAAGCCUGCUUCAAAGAAACCGGCUCCAAAGAAACCGGCAGCUAAGACGACGAAUGCCAAGAAAACCACCAAACCUGCCAAGUCAUCGAAAUAUGUAGAAAGUGAUGAUGACGAUAUCAGUGAUAUAUCGGUAAAAGAUGAGUCGAGUGACCAGAUUUCAAUCAACAGUGAUUCAGAUGCUUCUCCAGUACCAAAGACCAAAGCCAAGGCAAAGCCUGCACCCAAGCCUAAAGCAGCUAGAAAAGAAACAAAGACAUCGAUGAGCAACGCCCUGAAGAAGAUGAACGCACCCAAGAGGAAAAAGGAAUCUGAUUCAGACUCGGACUUUGGUGUGAAGAAGCAUGCAGCUAAGAAACCUUCUGCCAAGCCCAGUAGCAAGUAUAUUGACUCUGACUCUGAUGAUGAUUUUGGAAUCUCCAAAGCACCACCCAAGAAACUUCCCAAAGCAGAGCCUAAAAAUCAGGCACUAAAGAUGACCCAUUCCUGGCUGUACGGCUCUGAUGAAGAAGACAAAGGCGACGACGUCAAAUUCGGCACGAAAAAGACAGGAAACGGUACCGUUAACACUUCAAAAGGAGGUACUGGACGAUCCAAAGCCUCAAUGAAGUAUACAUACUCAGACUCAGAAAGUGAGGAUUAGUCCAACUACCUUGACUUACAUCAAUUCACAUAUGGAUUUAUGUGAUUUAAGCUCACAAGACAUAUGUGAGAUUUUUUAUAUAUUUUUAAGACGUUCUAGUUGCUGAGGCUGCCUAAUCUUUUUUUAUUUGUCCUUCUUAUGCAUAUGAUAUCUUCGAUACUUCAAUUUACUGAAAUGUUUCGCUCAAACUCAGUGCAAUGAAUUAUUAGGAACAAGAAUUCUGAUAUUGAGACAAGUCAGGUAGGGCUAGGUGCCCAACUGUAUCUAUUGAAAGCCCAUCAAGGAAUGUAUGUUUGUUUGUUUUUACACGGAGAGUGAUGCAUAAUACCUAAUGAUAGGUAGUAUUAAUUUAUUUCAUGUAAAUGGAUAGGAAUAUCAGAUUAUCAUUAUUAAUGUACCUUCCAUAUCCUGCUGGAGGCUUUCCUUAAGUGUGGAGGUGAUUAAACCGACAAUCAACUAGGAUAUUUUCCCAGGCUUUUUAAUGGUUAAGGAGACAGUCAGAUCAAGAAUUAGAUAUUUAAGUUGAAUUCUUGAUUGACAUCAAGUUCAGAGUUUAAUAAAAGUGGAUUUUUUAAAGAAAUUAUACCAUUCUAACUUCAAAAGAAAGUUGCCAGUCCUGAUGCGAAAUCAACAUUUCUUCAUGAAGAGAUUGACAAGAUUUACAAUUAAUUGUAGUGAUCGUUCUAGGGAACAGUAUGGAAAACUUAUAUUGAAAGCAAUUGUCUUUUCCAUUUUGUUAUUGUCCUUUUCAAUUAUUCAUUGUUUAUGUUAACAUAAUCACAUUCUUCACAAACAGUAAGUAGGCCAUUACCAUCAUUUUUGCCAUGAUUUUGUGAUGUAGAAUAGGAAUGUGUACAAUCAUGGGAAAUUGUUUCUCUCCAUCUGUGACCUCUCAUUACCUCUCUCUCUCUCUGUCAUCUUUCUUUUCUCUUUUAUUCCUAGCUCAUCUAUAUCUUAUAAUUUUGUUUCUUCAAGCACCAUUACCAUUUUACCAAUAUGUAAAUAUUGUACAGAUAUGUAAAUAUGACUGUAAAGGUACAAUGUGGGUCAAAAAGUAUUUGAUCGUGAUAUGACGUUAUGCUGUAUAUAAGCAUUUUUACUAAACAGUGGGUCCACAGUGUGCAUUCCACCAUUUCUUGCCCAUUUUACAUGAAUCAGACAUGUAGCUCUUGGAUGGAAUGAUCUUUUUGUAUGACAUUUUAAUGAAUAUGAAAUCCCCAAUUGGCUUUUUAUUGAAAUACUCAGAUUUUUAACAUUUGAAAAAUUGAUCAGGGGUACUCUCUAUUUUAAGAAUCUCCAUUUGCAAAAAACAAUGAAUACUGUUUUGCUGUUAUUUAUGUAUUUUAAUAUUUAUAUACUACUCCGAAUAUCCUCGCCGUCAUAUUUUUAUCUGAAUUGUGCAAUUGCAUUCCUUUUCACGUCAUAAAUUAUGAUGUAGUGUUUCAUAUUAGAUUUUACUGUUUUCAUUUUCAAUCUCAAUUGCUAAAUAUUUUUAACAAAUAAUUCAGGACUAUAUGCCCCCUUGUACAUGUAAUUAUCGGAGGUUUGAAUGUAAUCACAUUUUCAAAUAGAGAUCUGCCUGAACACCUGAUUUCUUUUCUGUUCUCUAGGGCAAUAAUUUUAUUCAACUAGUAGCCGAAACAUUUUAAUGAAUCAACUGGAUGUAUGUAUUAUGAUUAUAUUUUAAUGUAAUGUCCACUUCUGUGAUGGAAGUUUAUCAGUGGGUCUAUGCUCUUGUCUUCUUCAGUAUUUAAUGUAAAUUAGAAAAUUUGUAGAAAUGAUCGUCUUCUCUGUAACUUUGAGAAAAGGGCUGUAAAUAAUAAAAAAAUAAAAAAUCAAGAAGGCAAGGAAAAGGAUGAUUUCAAUAUUUUUAUAUCUGCAGUUUUAUAACUUCUUCAUUGUGAAUUAGUGUGACAAUGUGACAAGUAUUCAAUUCCACUUUUAUUCCGAGAAUUGUAUUUUAACAAAUAUUCAAUGUUUUUAGAUUGGCCAAUAACUGUAGCAUUGUUAAUUUUGAAGGUUUAUCAAAAAUAUGCCCCUUUUAUCAAAACAAACAAGAAAGUGGAAUAUGUAAAUAAUCUGUUAUGCUACGUACACGAGGAUUUUGCGGCUCCUGCAAAACCCAAGACCACGUUUAUGGUUCAGUCUGUUAGAUGCUCCAAUAUGUAUACUGGUAUGUAUAGAUGUAUAUACAUGUACAUGUGUGGAGAUUGCUAAGGCCAACUUUUAUUUAUCAGCAACAUCUUCACGGAAAAGAUGAGACUUUUAAAUGUUUUACAUGCAAGCUACAUAUCGAAGGGUCAGUGACACAAAGAUGUAACUCCAUUUUUAGAAAAAGUGGUUUAUGUGUCACCGAGCACUUGGGCCUUAAGGAGUCAAGUCUAUGUUUCACUAGCCAUCGACUUCAAUGGGGUGUUGGAUGGAAGUCUUUGUGUUUUCUGGAAAGCCCACACUUUUCUGAACAUUUUGGCAAAAUAUGGAGUUACGUCUUUGUGUCACUGAACCCUCGAUAUGUGAAUGCACAUGUGUGGAUGUAUGAAUGUAGUCAUCAAAAGAUCGGAAGAAUCUUUGCCCCUUCAAUGUAUUUAUACACAUCUCGAAAAUGAACAAAGAUUUUGCAUUCAAAUUGA